AUGCAGAGCGAGAUGAUGAUCACAGGACUAGGCAUCUUCGUCCUCGUGGUGAUCGUGAUAGUAAGCUCCUUCCUUCGACGCCACAUGCCGUUCGAGUGGUUCUACGUGCUGCACCAUUUCGUGUUCGUCUUGUUCGGCCUAGCCAUUGCGCACACCCUGGACGACCAGUUUCGGAACGGCACUUGCGUCGGCAAGAGUUGGUCGCAGGGCUUCCGAUUCAUCGCCACGACAUUCAGCUUAUAUUUCUUGGACAUGGCUUGGGGCUUCCUCACCGUGCGGCGCGACGUGCCCGUGCAGGAGGCCGUGAUCAUUUCCACGAAGAGCAUGCUCACGCUGGUGUGCAAGAAGCCGGUCGACUUCCAGUUCGCUCCUGGCCAGUACGCGUACAUCCAGAUAUCGUCUUUGGACAUUACGUUCCACCCGUGCUCCAUGAGCUCUGCGCCGGAAGAAGUUGUGCUCAGGUUCUACAUCGUGGUGUACAAGGGCCAGUGA